AUGGCUGCCACUAACAGCUUUUACACUUCCUCUCCCACCGUAUUCAUGCAGCCUGCCUCGUCAGAUCAAUAUUUCGCCAGCAGCCAUUAUGUUGAUCAGAAUGGUCAAGCAAUACGCCCAUCCGAACCGUCAUCCAGUACUCAUACCAGUCGCUCUGCCACACUCACAUCAACAACACCUCUAGCUGAGACCCCUGGGUCUAUAGCCGGGAAAAAGCGAUCUCGUGGCGACAAUCCCGAUGGCGAAGACGAUGCGCAAUCGCUACUACCAGAACAAAGCGAUGUGCGAAGCGUCUUCGAAUUGGGCCACAUCAAAAGACCCUCAAUCGCGAGUCGCAAAUCGCAACGAGUCGACUCGGACGCAUCAAGUAACGAUCAUCUCGCGCAGCUCGUGCUCCCGGCACAAAUGCGCGACGUCACGACCGAGCCGCUGGUCGACAAAGCAACGCGCGAGCUCGGCGUAAGCUGGGCGCGCAUGGACUCCUCCGAGGCGCGUCAGAUCAGCCAGGCUGCAUAUACCAAAUGGAUCCAGAAUCAUUACUCUAACCUUAAGGAUGUCGCUAUCUGGUUCGAGUAUGGCAGCGAGGAAAUCCCGGCGUACCUCGUCAGGGCUCUGAACGCAUACAAUGGUCAACAGGAAUUUUACAUCUUUUCCAAUGACCUUACCGAGGCAAGGCUCGUUACCCGAGAGCCAGAGGACUUGAUCUCGCGCCUCAGCAUGAUGCCUGCGCUUCAUUUGGCUGCGCCAGGAGGUCAGAUUCAUGCGAAGCUUGACACGGCUGGUGGCGCUGAGGACUCGGUCACGUCCUCACCCUACAGUGCCUCCAAGGUGGAGGAGUACUCGUCUUUCUGCGCGGCUCAUGCUAUGGAGAUGGACUGA